AUGAGACAUGACAACAGUGAAGAUGAAUCAGAGUGGAAUGGAAACCAAUUUGAAGAGAGACAACCACAAAUGGAAGGAAAUCAAGUUUUCUUCAGAUUUCAUGACCACCCCCAAUCUCGUGGCCGCCCCAUUAACAGAUCUCAUGGCCGCCACUCCAGAUCUCCUAGCCCCUUCAGGAGAGCUCCUGUCCACUCAGAUAGACCACAUCAUGACCACUUAGAUAUGCCACAUAAUGACCACUCAGAUCGACCAUAUCAUGACCAUUCAGACAGACCCCAUCUUAACCACUUAAAUAGACACCAUCUUGACCUUUUGGAUAGACCCCAAGAUGACCACUCAGAUAGACCCCAACAUGACUACUCAGAUAGAUCAUAUCAUGACAACUCAGAUAGACCCCAUCUUGACCACUUGGAUAGACCCCAAGAUGACCACUCAGAUGGACCCCAUCAUGACUACUCAGAUAGAUCUCAUCUUGACCACUUGGGUAGACCCCAAGAUAACCACUCAGAUAGACCACGUCAUGACCAUGCAGGUAGACCACAUCAUGACCACUCAGAUAGAUCUUAUCAUGACCACUCAGAGAGGCCCCAUCUUGACCACUUAGAUAGACCCCAAGAUGACCACUCAGAUAGACCCCGUCAUUACCAUGCAGGUAGACCACGUCAUGACCACUUAGAUAGACUCCAACAUGACUAUGCAGGUAGACCACAUCAUGACUACUCAGAUAGAACUUAUCAUGACCACUCAGAUAGUCCCCAUCUUGACCACUUAGAUAGACCCCAAAAUGACCACUCAGAUAGACCCCGUCGUUACCAUGCAGGUAGACGACACCAUGACCACUUAGAUAGACUCCAACAUGACCGUUCAGGUAGACCACAUCAUGACUACUCAGGUAGACCAUAUCAUGACCACUCAGAUAGACCCCAUCUUGACCACUUGGAUAGAUCCCAAGAUGAUGACUCAGAUAGACCCCAUCAUGACCACUCAGGUAGAUACCAGCAUGACCAUGCAGGUAGACCACAUCAUGACUACUCAGGUAGACCAUAUCAUGACCACUCAGAUAGACCCCAUCUUGACCACUUGGAUAGAUCCCAAGAUGAUGACUCAGAUAGACCCCAUCAUGACUACUCAGGUAGACACCAGCAUGACCAUGCAGAUAGACCCCAUCAUGACCACUCAGAUAGAUACCAGCAUGACCAUGCAGGUAGACCACAUCAUGACUACUCAGGUAGACCAUAUCAUGACCACUCAGAUAGACCCCAUCUUGACCACUUGGAUAGACGCCAAGAUGAUGAUUCAGAUAGAUCCCAUCAUGACCACUCAGGUAGACUCCAGCAAGACCUUGCAGGUAGACCACAUCAUGACUAUUCAGAUAGACCAUAUCAUGACCACUCAGAUAGACCCCAUUUUGACCACUUGGAUAGACCCCAAGAUGAUGAUUCAGAUAGACCCCAUCAUGACCACUCAGGUAGACCACAUCAUGACCACUCAGAUAGACCAUAUUAUGACCACUCAGAUAGACCCCAUUUUGACCACUUGGAUAGACCCCAAGAUGAUGAUUCAGAUAGACCCCAUCAUGACCACUCAGGUAGACUCCAGCAUGACCAUGCAGGUAGACCACAUCAUGACCACUCAGAUAGACCCCAUCUUGGCCAUGCAGGGCUAGCUCACCGAAGCCAGAGAGGGAGAGAUCAUCUUAAUCACACAGGGCUGGCUCUUCCCAACCGUGCAGAGAGAGCUCAUCGUAGCCACUCAGAGCUAGCUCAUAAUGGACGCAGAGGGAGAGCUUAUCGUGGCCACAGAGGAAGAGCUCGUCCCAACCAUACAGGGCUAGUUCGUCAAAACCAUGCUCAUAAUGGACGCAGAGGGAGAGCUAAUAAUGGCCACUUAGGAAGACCUCAUCGUGGCCGUGCAAGGAGAGCUCAUAACAACCGUACAUGGAGAUCUCGCAGUCAUGAAGCAAGAUACCAUGGUCAAAGAGAAAGGUUUAGAAGAAUCCGAACAUCACCAGAAUCUGAUCCUGAAAUUGACAGAAAUUCUACAAUAAGAGAACAGACUGAAUACUUAUUGGCUCAGGAACAGCACAGAAUUGAAAAUCUGAACGAAGGGAUAGAAGGCUACAGCUCUGAUCAAAGUGACGAAAGUUCCGACAGUUUAUGGAGACCUGAAGUGGAUGCUGAAUUCCUGAAUGGUAGAUACACCACUAUUAAGACUAUUCCACGUCAUCCAAAAGGAAUAAGACUGAGCUUCAAUGUCGGAGCACGGAAUAAUCGGACUAACCUGUCGCUCCACACUAGAUUUACCAUACUGAGGAAUUUGAGACGUGCCAGAUUGAACAGUAUGAACAAUGGACAAGAAAGACAGGAAGAAUGAACUGUCCUUUCCUAUCAACAGUUUGCUACCAAUUGCACUGAACCAUACUUAGGAGCAUAAAUAUAUUCUUAGAAUGUUUGACUU